AUGAGUUCAAUGACAAAUAAUGGUGUAGAAAUUUCAUCAUUCUAUCCUCAUCUAUCGAUGAUGCCUUCAUUAAUGAAUACUGCUCCGAAAUUACCACCGAAUAUUUAUCGACCCAAUUCAUGGAUGGAUCUAUCGAUGCAACCGUAUUUUUACUACAAUAUCGCUGUUAAUGAUCCCAAUCAUAAACGAAAAAAUGCGACACGUGAAACAACGGCUACACUUAAAGCUUGGCUUUAUGAACAUCGGAAAAAUCCAUAUCCAACAAAGAAUGAAAAAAUGAUCUUAGCGAUGGUUACAAAAAUGACAUUAACACAAGUAUCGACAUGGUUUGCCAAUGCUCGACGACGGUUAAAAAAAGAAAAUAAACUUAAUCGAACAACAACCAAUAGUAAAAGCGAAGAAGAAGAAGACGACGAUGAAGAUGAAGAUGUAGAUGACGAUGUUGUUGACGAUGAAGAUGAAAAUGAGAAUGAAAAUGAAUCUCAUAUUAAUAUCGAACAAGAACGGCCGCCAGUUAAAAUUUCAAACACAAAUAAUAAUAAUAACAAUUUAAAACGUAAACAUGACGAUAAUGAUACAAAUUCAUUGCAGAUACCAGCGAAAAAUCGGCCGAAAAUAUGGUCUAUUGUUGACGUUGUUCAAUCGAAUGAAACAAAACAAACAAAAUCAUCAUCAUCAUCAUCACCAUUACAUAUUAUACAUCCAUAUAUAACACCUUCUAUACCCUAUUUACUAUAUCCACCAUCAUCAACAAGUUCACCACCACACUCAUCUGAACAUUCAACAAAUUCAUUAUCAUCACUGAAUUCAUCAUCAACUAGUUGUUCGCCAACUAAAUAA